GGCAGAGAAAGAGGAGACAAAAUACCAAUUGCCAGUUUGUCCAUAAUGCCAAACACGAGUAGAAGGGUCCAAACAGAUACUAUUUGCAUUCUUGAACAUACUGAUGACUUCAAAUCUUUGGAUAAUUAUUAUGAAAUUUUGAUGAAAUUAGCAAAGAAUAAUGUCAAUGAACAGGCGCAAAGAGGAAGGCACUUGUUGAAAAUAAUCAAUGAAGAUACUGUAAAGGCUCCGGGUGCAAGUCCUUCAGAAAAUCAUUAUAAAUCUCAGCUUUGGGAGAAAAUUCUCUCAGAUUUCAAAUUUCCAGUAACAGUGGGAAAGGAUCAGCCUGAACUGACUUUGUAUGUGUUGCCACAUCAAACAUCACUAAAGAAAAAUACCCCUUCUUCAUUCUUGAGUUUGAAGUAG